AUGGAGCACCCACGGCGCGUCCUGGCGAACCAGAGAUACUCGCCCGAAGGGGACUAUACAUACGACCAUCACAACGAACUAAUCCAGGCGACGCGUCAACCUUUGCACGAAUCGAAUGGUAACGCUCAACCACACAAUGUCGCUGCUCUAGCCCUGUACCACGGUCAACUAGGCCUAUCACCACCUCUGCAUUCGACCCCGACGCCGCCUAUCCUUCCGGGCCAGGUGACUUCGACGUACGGGACCAGUCUGGGCAGAGGGCGGUCGUUCCAUAGAGAUUUGUCACUGCGGGAGUCGCCCAUGGGUCAUCCAAGAGGGGGCAGGAACCCGAUAUAUUCGUGGAAACACUUUGCCGACUACCGUAUGAAGAUGACACAGAAGGAAUCAGAGAACGAGGAGCCAACGUGGCCGUUGUAUCUCGAGGAUGCUUUUCUAGAUGCUCUUCUCUUAAUUCCACUCAUGGGCCGAAAGAAGUUCAGCUCAAAGGGUGUGUUGUAUGGGCGUAAUAUGCUCCUUACCGAGUAUCUUUGGAUAGUGCACUGGCUUCUUUUCCCCGCGGGGCCUAGCGAGAAGGUACCGACAGGCAAGGCGAGGGAAAAACACAAGAUGUAUAGAACCAGGAAGCAGGUAUCGAGCCACAUCCAGGUGCUGAAAGGUUUUUUCUCUUCCCAUCCAGUGUUCCACUUCUUCUUCCCACGAAAGGCCGACGAAGAAAAGGAAGACAGAAGGAGCAUCAAGGAAGAGGAAGGAGAGACGGAAUCGUUCAAGAACAACCGUGUGCUAAUCGCUCUGGCCGAAGGCCGCCUUCCGGACGAAAGGCCCAAUUAUGAGUACUUUUCCCUUCUUCUUCACGGCGACUCGGAGGUGUUUGUACGGCCCAAGACGUGCUGGAUCUACAUAUCAUCAUCUGAGGUAACGCUGAGCGACGACAGCAGGAAGGCGUACGCGGCGGACGGGGCUUGUUUGGACUCGGAUGCCUACACGGUGGACGGUCAACGCCUCGAAUGCAAGGGCGACUACCCACACCUGGUGCUGAACAGCAACAAGGACACCAGGAGGGAACUAAACAGCAGCAAGGAUACACAUAAGUCCAACAUUCUGCUCCACGAGUACACGCACACGCUGUCACAAAAGGAGUCGGGGUCGACCAGGGACAUUUCGUCCAAAUGGGACCAGCGGUUUCCUGAGUUGCGGGAGAAGCUGAUGGCAGCGCUGGAUAACACGGAUCCCUCACAUGAGAGCACGUCCCGCUGCGUGGUUGGACCCUGUGACACAUUGCAGUUCGAGGUGGUACUCGACCUCCACGCGACGAGCCAGUUCCCACCGGGUACUCACCUAAACGGCGUGGUGCUCCUGAGCAUCUGCCGGCCCGAGCUGGCCAACCACAACUGGAAAUCACGGACGAGUGUAUGCAAGCCGGCCGAGCUAGACUCGGAGAACUCAGACUUGAGCUUCUGGGACCGCACGGCCGACUGCGAGGUGUCUGGACGCGGCAACGCAAGGGACACCAUCGAGGUGCCCUUCCCUGCCAUCAGCUGGGCAGACAUGCUGAUGAAGUUGGCGCCCUGCGUUACAGCGGACCGGCAGCGCGCGAAAGAGGAGAGGCCACACAAGAUGAAGGGCAUUAAGGAGGAGGACUGCGAGCCUCCUUUGUCGAGCCGGACACAGACGCCUACAGCCAAGGACCUCUUGCAGCAGGUGGCCAUGUACCAAGAGAUCUGGUCGACGCCCAAUAACGGCAGUAACAACUGCGAAGAGAAGCGCAGAUGGACUCGCCGCGCCGUCAUCCUGUGGACCUUCUGCAACGUUCACACUAAGGUUGACGACAAGGGCAAAGUGCACACGGUUCCACCGGGCACAAAUUGGCGCUUCCUGACCAAGCUCGAUCCCCAAUCCCAAUACCACCAGCAGCGUGCCUACCUGAGCGGGUCUCCCAACAUCUCGCGCAGCAACAUCAUGUCGCCAGAUCCAGGCUAUGCACACCACCUUAGCGCCACCAUGCACGACAACUUCAGUGCUGCGUACGACACACCGAAUAUGACACAGGCCCACCUUGCUAGUAUGACCAACACGGGCAUGGGCAUUCUCAAUAGCUACCCUGAUGGCCUGGCCACGCCGCCUCCUACUGCUUGUCUUCCUGCCAGUGCUAGCUACGCCCACAGCUUCGAUAGUGCUACGAUUGCUAGCAACGACAGCUUCCAGCCGCACCACCACCUGGGCUUCCUCUCCAACACCUCGGCCAGCGACAGCCAGAGCACCCUGGUCACCGACCACGGCCCGGACCCCUUUCUUUCUGGGCUCGGUGUGCCUGUCAACUCCUUCGACGAUACAGAUUGCGACGCCAAUUUGCGCGGCUGGGUGGUAUCUUCAGGUCUCGAUGCCUCGCAAUGGUCCACCAGCUACGUUGACACCCAGCAGAGCCUCGCCUGGGCUGCUGAUCCUACUGCCGUCGAGAUCGGCAAUGGUACAUCGGGCGAUAUCGCCGAGACGCAAUGGCACACCGCCGCCGCACCACAACACCACCCUCAUCACAACGCAGGCACCAAUGCGCCUUGGAGCGACGGCAAGGAUAAACUAUGGACCACCACACCCAACACGGCCAAGACCACCACGCAUGGCGAUUGGCAGACCACCUUUCAACCCUGGCUGCAAGCCGUCGCCGUCGUUGCAGAAGGCCAGACCCAAACCCACGCCCACACCCAAAAUAACAACAAUAUCAACCAGAACCACGGGUGGGAUGAUCUGGGAUCCGCUGCCCAGCCCGAGAACUCCGUCGAUACCAGCAGCUACCUGACCGCCUCACCGUCGUCGGCGGCGGCGACUUCAUCAUCAUCCCUGACGCCUAUGAAACAGCACCAUCAGCCGCCGCAGGGGCGCAAGCGGUCACGCGGCGACGACUACGACGACGGGGGACGGAGCUGA